AUGGCGAAACGCAAGGCACCUGAAGAACUCUCCACUAAUGUGAAUACUAUCAAAGCUCACCACCGCGUCUCCAACCUUACUGAAUAUGAGAAGGCUGUUCACUUAGCACUCAAGGCUGACCAUGCUGAUCUGAGCUACUACUUAAAGAAGUUAUAUAAGUCUGCAAAGUAUAUCGCUGCCUCUACUGAAGACAAGACAUGUCUACAGAAUGAAUUGAAGGUUGAGCGUAUUCGUGUUCGGACUGAGAAGGGUACCCAUGCAUCUUGCAUUGCGAAUCAGAAAGUCAAGAAUAUUAGCGCCUCUUCUUCUCCACAAGCCCCACCAUCUACUCCGCCCAAACAACUUCUGUCUGAGCUUGCUGCAUUUGAGGCGCGAGAUAUUUUAAAUGACGAGGCUGUUCUACCAGAUGAGCUUUCCGAUGAAGAGAUCACUAGCACCCAGGCUCUCUUAACUCAAGCGCACAUUGAUGCCCAUGAAGAGUCCAAUUUCCGCAAGUGGCAACAUUUCUGGGAUAGCUGUAUCCACUCAUAUACGAGAAAGGCUGGAAAGCUGAGAAAGAAGCCUGAGCGUCUCUUUGAGUAUAUGCCGUGGAUUGAUGUAGAGGAAGGCUUCAAAGAGGCGUUCUUACUUGUCUACUCUAAGAAGUUUGAUAAGGAAAAGUGGGCUAAGGUAUCAGCUGCACAGGAUAUGUUGUUCCUGGAGCUAGAGUAG